UCUCUCUCUCUCACUCUCUCUCUCUCUCUCUCUCUCUCUCUCUCUCUCUCCGUAGAGCACGCUCGUGCUCGCAGAAAGAGCUUUGCCACAGUGAGGCAGAGAAGCAUGGAAACUCCGCCCACUGCCCCUCCCCAGCAAUUCCGUCAGUCGAGUUUUCUUAGCCGCCGUCUGAAAAGCUCAAUUAAGCGAGCCAAGAGCCAGCCCAAACUUGAUCGCACCGGAAGCUUCCGCCACAUGAUUCUCCCACGAUUCCGCAGUGCUGACCAGGAAAGAACACGUCUGAUGCAGAGCUUCAAGGAGUCUCAUUCCCACGAGUCUUUGCUGUCGCCGAGCAGCGCGGCCGAGGCACUGGACCUCACGCUGGACGAGGACGCCAUCAUCAAGCCCGUCCACUCCAGCAUCCUCGGCCAGGAGUACUGCUUUGAGGUAACGACAGCCUCAGGCACAAAGUGUUUCGCCUGUCGAUCGGCCGCUGAGCGGGACAAGUGGAUCGAGAACCUACAGCGAGCUGUUAAACCCAACAAGGAUAACAGUCGUCGGGUGGACAAUGUUCUUAAAUUGUGGAUUAUCGAGGCGCGGGAUCUUCCGCCUAAAAAGCGCUACUACUGCGAGUUGUGUCUGGAUGACAUGCUGUAUGCGCGCACCACCAGCAAGCCUCGAACAGACACGGUGUUCUGGGGUGAGCACUUUGAGUUCAACAACCUCCCUGCUAUCCGGAGCCUGCGCCUGCACCUCUACAAGGAGACGGACAAGAAGCGACGCAAGGAGAAAAGCACAUAUCUUGGCUUGGUCAGCAUUCCCAUCUCGAGCAUCACAGGUCGUCAGUUUGUGGAGCAAUGGUACCCAGUCAUCCAGCCCAGUGUCCUUGCAAAGGGUGGUGGUGUGGGCAGUGGAAAGGUCAUUAAUGCCUCACUGAGGCUCAAAUCGCGCUAUCAGACUAUGAGUAUCCUGCCCAUGGAGCUGUAUAAGGAGUUUGCAGAGUAUGUGACAAAUAAUUACCGCACUCUGUGUGCUGUCCUGGAGCCACUCUUGAGUGUGAAGAGCAAGGAGGAAGUGGCCUGCGCCCUGGUGCACAUCCUACAGAGCACCGGCAAGGCCAAGGAUUUUCUGUCGGACAUGGCGUUGAGUGAGGUAGAUCGCUUCAUAGACAGAGAGCAUCUGAUCUUCAGGGAGAACACACUGGCGACCAAAGCCAUAGAGGAGUACCUCAAACUUGUUGGACAUCGCUACCUUAAAGACACCAUUGGUGAGUUUAUUCGUGCAUUGUAUGAGUCAGAGGAAAACUGUGAGGUGGACCCCAUGCGAACCCCACCUUCCAUGCUCCCAGACCACCAGGCUAACCUACGCAUGUGCUGUGAACUUGCACUCUGCAAGAUCAUCAACUCCCAUUGUGUUUUUCCACGGGAGCUGAAGGAAGUAUUUGCAUCGUGGCGUGUACGUUGUGCUGAAAGAGGUCGUGAGGAUAUUGCAGACCGGCUCAUCAGUUCCUCGCUGUUCCUGCGCUUCCUGUGCCCGGCCAUCAUGUCUCCAUCACUGUUUAACCUGACGCAGGAGUACCCAUCUGAGCGCACGUCCCGAACCCUCACGCUCAUCGCCAAGGUGGUGCAGAGCCUGGCCAGCUUCUCCAAGUUUAGUGGUAAAGAGGAUCAUAUGAUGUUUAUGAACGAGUUCCUGGAGAUGGAGUGGGGAUCCAUGCAGCAGUUCCUCUAUGAGAUCAGUAAUGUGGACUGUGGUAGUAACGCGGGGGCGUUCGAGGGUUACAUCGACCUCGGCCGAGAGCUCUCGAUCCUGCACAGCCUGCUCUGGGAAGUCAUGGCCCAACUGAGCAAGGAUGCUAUCUUGAAGCUAGGGCCCUUGCCACGCUUGCUGAACGACAUCAGCGUGGCUCUGAGGAACCCCCAGCUGCACCGGCAGGCGAGUCACCAGCCACCUGAACGCCACCUCGCACGAGCACCCUACAGCCGCCCAGCCACUAAUGACUUCCAGAGCCUGAUGAUGAGGGAGCAGAACAGUUCUAUAGAUAUCUCUCGUCUACCAUCCCCUACCUCCGGAGGCGGAGCUCUGUCUCACCCGGGCAUGGCUGGCUUCGACAGAGAUCCCCGUGGCAACAAAGAUGUGUUCUAUGUGGCACGCCCACCCUUAGCCCGCUCAAGCCCCGCCUACUGCACCAGCAGCUCUGACAUCACUGAGCCCGACCCGAAGGUGCUGAGUGUGAAUAAGAGUGUAUCUAUGAUGGACCUGCAGGACUCGCGCAUCAACAGCAUUUCCAACCUGCACUCUGUAAACGACAUGCUGAACUCAUCACAGGGCUCCAUCGCUGGAUUGGGCAGUUUCGGUGGUGCUCCUCUGCGGCUCGGGGGCAUGAGGUUCAGCCAUUCGGGAGGCCUGGCCUCGGAUUCGCUCUCCCAGCAGCAGCAGCACGCGGCAGCUGCCAUGCACGUGCCGCUCUCCUUCCAGAACCCGCUGUUCCACUUGGCUUCGGAUGGACCUCAGUACCAUGGCCCACCCCAUGGCUCGCAUGCCCCACCUCUCCUGCUCGCCCCAGAGCCCGAGAACGGGCACGCAGGCUUCGGUGUACCAGCCUUCGGCCAUGGCGGGUUCUCUCGCAGUGAGGAUCUCUCAGCCCUGCGCACGCAGAACAGCCUGGUCCAGCCCAGCAUCGUCCACUCACACAGCUACAGUGACGACUACACCCGCCACAACCAGGCUGACUACGCACGCCGUCAGCUUUCACUGCAGGUGCAGGAGAAUCUCCAUCAGCAGGUAUUAAUGGGCAUGGCCCCUCAGACUGCUACCGGCACCGGAACACCCGCCUCGGUUGCAACGCCCCCGGCCACCAUGCACCCUGUCCGCCAGUCCUCUAUGGCUCCUCCCCCUACACAGCGUAUAAAGCCUCAGCCUUCGCACCAGCUGUCAGUCAGCUCAGCUGCUAACUCCACCCCACCUAAGGUCCGACCCCAGAGCGGAAAUCUCCUUCAGUCACCUGAGUCGAGUUUUGGAGCAAGGCCGAUGCCACGGCAGCAGCUGUCGGUUAAGGACAGCCCCGCCCCUGGUCUCCCUCACCAAUCCAGCACAGCCAGUGAUAGCCAGCAGCCACAGGGGGGUGCUAAUGAGAACGCAGAGAAUGCACAAAGCGAUACUCCUGCUAAAUCUGCGCCACAAUCCAACCAACAACACCUACUAAAACCAACUACUAACAAGCAGGGCUCUAAAUCUCCCUCCACACUGAACCCUCCGACCCCUGCGUCCGAGCGGACAGUCGCCUGGGUGUCCAACAUGCCGCACCUGUCAGCUGACAUCGAGAGUCUGCGUGUGGACAGAGAGGACCUGAAACUCAAGGAGCACUCUAAGAGCAUGGACGAGUCUCGGCUGGACCGGGUGCGUGAGUAUGAGGAGGAGAUCCACUCCCUGAAGGAGCGGCUGAUGAUGUCCCAUCGUAAGCUGGAGGAGUAUGAACGCAGGCUGCACUCCCAAGAACAGCAGACCAACAAGAUCCUGCUGCAGUACCAGAGCCGGCUGGACGACAGCGAGAGGAGACUGAGGCAGCAGCAGCUGGAGAAAGACUCGCAGAUCAAAGGCAUCAUCAGCAGGCUGAUGGCGGUGGAGGAUGAGUUGAGAGGCAGUGGCGUUUCUGACCUCAAAUCCCGAAUAUUUACAGGAGAGCCGAUCUAUGGUGGGCACACCGGAACAUGAUUGGACCACAGCAGCGCGAAAGGAUAUGUGACUGGACCCACGCCAGUCCAGGACCCUCUCUUGUUUCUGAUUGGUUGAGAGAGGAGAGAGAAAGAGGAAGAGCCUGAGGGGGAAAAAAACCAACAAAAAAAUACAACUCUGAAUCGCUCUGACACAUCAAACCC